UAAUAAAUAUCGUUGUUAUUGUUAUAUUUGCCAUGUGUGUAUAAAAGCAAACAUAAACGCAAAAAAUUGAAGUCAUGUAUGUAUGUCGCAAUCGAAGUCAAAUGUCAAAAGCAGCUGUGUCUUAUUUUAUGUUGGUUAAAUUACUUUGUGUGUUGUGUUGUUGUGUCUUUCUCAGCGCAAAAAUGGGUUUCGUAUUGCAAAUUCACAAAUAUGUAACACAAUCGUUACAUCGACCAUACGAACAUACACAAAUGAUAAAAAGUUGUGCUCGCAGGAGUCACGAGGCACAAAUCAUCGAUGGUAAGGCAAUAGCUGAAAAGAUUAAAACAGAGCUCAAGGAAAAAAUUGCUGAAUUUGUCGCACAGGGAAAUCGCUCACCUACGCUUACGGCUAUUUUGGUAGGCAACGAUCCAGCAAGUCAGACAUAUGUGAAAAAUAAGAUGAUAGCCGCCAAAACUGUUGGGAUUGUAAGCAACACGAUUCAACUACCCGAAACUACAUCCCAGGAAGAGCUCUUAAACUGUAUAAAAAAAUUGAACAACGAUGCAGAAGUCGAUGGAAUUUUAGUGCAAUUACCUGUGCCGAAUCACAUCAACGAACGUAUUAUUUGUAAUGCAGUGGCGUCAUCGAAAGAUGUCGAUGGCUUCAAUGAGGUCAACAUUGGCCGUUUGGCGCUCGACAUGAACACUAUCAUACCAGCUACACCGUUAGGCGUGUACGAGCUAUUGCGACGCACUGAAAUACCUACGAUUGGUAAGAAUGUUGUUGUCAUUGGACGUUCCAAGAAUGUUGGCAUGCCAACAGCGAUGCUACUGCACACAGAUGGCCAUCAUGAAUUGAAAGGUAUGGAUGCCACUGUAACUAUUUGUCACCGCAAUACACCACCAGAUCAAUUGAAGAAACACUGUCAAGGGGCAGAUAUAAUAAUAACAGCUGUUGGUAAACCGGGACUUGUACAAAUGGAUAUGGUUAAGCCUGGUGCGUGCGUCAUCGAUAUUGGUAUAACACGUAUAGCCGCAAAAGAGCCGGGUAAAACUAAGCUUGUUGGCGAUGUAGAUUUUGAAGAAGUUCGUAAAGUGGCAGGCCACAUAACACCGGUGCCUGGCGGCGUUGGACCCAUGACAGUGGCCAUGUUAAUGAGUAACACUUUCAUGGUUGCGAAGGCACUUGCGAAGGCGGGACAAGUUAAUGGCUUCAGCAGCGAUUAAAACAUACACUCUACAUAUUCUUUUUUAAAUCAUAGACUUUACUACCAUAGUAUUUUUCUUCUAAAUAUUUUAUAUAUAUUUAACCAUAACGUAUUGUUCAACCUUUGUAAAAUAGAAGCUAAUUCUAUAUCAGAAACAUAAUUUUGUUAAAAAUUUUAUGAGGCACUGUAAGUUAUUUAAGUAUCUACAUGCAGGACUAAUCCUUUGACACUAAGUACAACGCAAAUUUGAGUAUGAAAAUUUUAUAACGUAAACAAAUGUUACCUAAAAUUAAAAGAAUGUUUAAUUUUAUCACAAAAUCGCAGUUUUUAUAUGCUGUUUCAACCAAAUUGUUUUGAAAGUGGUUGUCUUCGACUAUAUACAUGCAUUUGGUAAAAUGAAUCAUCCUGGCUCCUUCUGAAAAGAUAUUUGUCAUACUAUAGUUAAAUUUUAAUCUUUAUAUAUAGAAUUAAUUGCUGUUAGU